AUGGACAAUCUAAUUACAGUCAAGACUGUCAGUUCUGGUGGAGGUGCUGGAGGGAGUAGCAAAGGCGAUCUUUCUCUGAAUGCAGGAGGGUCUGGUGGGAGAGUCUAUGGCAGUCCAGGCAGCUCAGUUCUGACUACAUCCAGCAGCUCCCAUGCCGCCAGCUCUGGUGGAUCCGGAACCAGCAAGGGCACCGGGGGCAUCAGCAUCACUACUCUGGGAGCUUCCUCUGCCGUGUCCUCGGGUGGUGGGAGUUCAGCAGCUUCUUGGGGCCCAGGGGCAGGCUUUAGGGCUGCUGGAAGGGAAUCCUCCAGCACGUCUUCAAGUUUUAUGAGUGGUGGCAGAGAAGGAAAAAGAGAAGGGGGUCUAGAUGGUGUGACAGUUUCAACAGUGACGAAGACCAGAUACAGUUCAGGAGGAUCCGGGGAAGCGAAGAGAGGAUCGUCCUCAGCAAUCACUUAUUCAUCUGUUCCAAAAGAGAGGAAGAGCAUGACCACCAUGGCAGCCGCCCUCUCAGAGGUCUUUGACGAAAGUUCAAGCACAAACUCUUCUCCAGAGUACAGCAGGAAGGAGUACAACACUUCAAGUGCAACAUCAAGUUCUGCCACCAGAGGUAGAACUCAGAGCAGAGAGAGUGCGAUCAGAGCCAGGCUCCAGAGUGCUUCUCCUCCAGCAAGCUGGACGGAGCUGGAUGAUGUGAAGCGUCUGCUGAGAGGAAACCGCUCCACCAGCACCAGCUCCACUCAGUCCCCUAACAACACGCUGCCCAUCCCCAGGAAGGCCAGCAUGGACACUGGGACCAUGUCUGAGAGCUCACCCACAGACAACUACGGCAGCAUUUGGCCAGGAGGUGUGAGCAGUAGCUACAGUUACAAUACCAAUCCCAACAACCUGUCCACUACCUCCACCCUUUACCAGUCAGGAGGAGUCCAGAACAACCUGACAUUCAGCUCUCCCCCCGUGAACAGUGGACUAUCUGCUAGCAGCACUGUUCCUGUGUAUGGUGUCCAGAAUAACCUGGCUAGCACCAGCUCCGCUAUCCUCUCCCCCGCUGGAACAAACUCACAAAUAGUUUACGGUGUGCAGAAAAAUGUAUCUGGCGCUGGAAUCAGCACAACCACAGUGAGACCCAGCAGUCCCACUAAUGACGAGGCCUCAGGCAAAGACUUUAAGUUUGUGCUGAUAGAGAAGGAGAAUAUGCCCGUCAGGAAGGAGACAGAGCGGCUGGUCAUGACCAAAGACACAGGGAAGCAGUUCAUGUCUGCUGUACCUGCAAGUACUUCUGCUACCUACUCUGAGGACUCACUGAAGAGAGAGAAACAGCUAUCAUCCAGCUCAAUGGAGGAAGGAACACAUGCCAAAUCUGUACCCCUAAAAGUUGCCACAAAAGACAAAGCCACCUAUGCAGAGAUCAGUAAAGAUGAAGCAGGCUUUGGCUUCUGCUCCUGCUGCAGCUGGUGGAAGUGGCUGCUCGGCCUCCUGCUCAGCCUGCUCCUCCUCCUCGGCCUCCUCUUUGGACUCAUCGCUUUGGGUGAAGAAGUGAAACGCCUCAAGAAUCGCGUGGACGCCCUCGAAGCCAUCACCGGCACUGCGUCAGCCAGGUCCAGCCGCUUGUCGGCCUCCUCAGGCCUCAACAUCAUCGACCCGCUGGACUCACCAUACAUCGGCAGGAGUUCCUCUGGUUCUACUUUGACCCGCUCUGACAAUGGGAUCAACCUGGGGGCUGCUGGGCCAGGGGGAGAUGCAGGGAGCGGACCAAGACAGGACAGCGCUGAACUGCAGAGAGCCGUUCAGCAGCUGGUCAGGGCUGAACUCCGCUCUGAUGCUUUAAGAGAAACACUUGCAUACUCACUAAAAGGGGAGAAAGGAGAUUCAGGACCUAAAGGUGAACCAGGGCCGCUAGGACAAAAAGGUGACAGCGGCUUUCCUGGUCUGCCAGGUCCUCACGGGCAGAUGGGUCACCCAGGGUUGGAUGGACCAAGGGGACCAAAGGGAAGUGCAGGUGAACCAGGUCCCGAGGGACCACCGGGCCAGAGGGGCCGGGAGGGGCCGACGGGCCCCCGCGGAGAGACUGGACCACCAGGUUUUGGAGAGAAAGGAGACAAAGGAUCUCAAGGUGAGCCAGGACAUCCUGGUCUUGCGGGUGCUGCUGGACCUGUGGGGCUGAAAGGUGCCAUGGGAGAGCAGGGUGCUCCAGGAAGCCCAGGCGCUCCGGGUCCAAAGGGUUUCCAGGGUGAAGUAGGAGCUCCAGGAGCAAAAGGUGAGCCAGGAUAUCCUGGAAUACCAGGCCCUGCUGGACCAAAGGGAUCCAAAGGAAUCGAAGGUGACACGGGUCCAAUGGGACUUCCGGGUGUGAGAGGACCACCUGGACUUCUUGGAGAUAUUGGUCCCCAAGGUCCCCCUGGGCUUCAAGGACCCCCAGGUAUUGCUGGAAAUCCAGGACAGCCUGGUGAUAAAGGUGAACCAGGAUUACCUGGUAAAAUCAUCACUUCAAGUGGCUCUGGUACUGUGGCCAUCCCUGGACCUCCAGGGCCCGCUGGGCCUCCAGGUCCUGCUGGAGCCCCUGGUCUGUCUGGUCCCAUUGGCCCUGCUGGUAUCCCAGGACAACCUGGUUCAAAGGGAGAACAAGGAGAGAAAGGAGAGAAAGGAGAGAAAGGAGAGAAAGGAGAGAAAGGAGAAAAGGGGGAGAAGGGAGAGCAAGGAAAACCUGGUGAGCCUGGUGUCAGUGCCACCCAGACAGACAAACUUUCCUCAGUCGCUGGACCUCCAGGCCCACCAGGACCUCCAGGGCCUCCUGGAGUACCUGGUGAUCAAGGUCCUCCUGGUGAGACAAAACAAGGUCCUCCAGGAGAAAGAGGUCCUCCUGGAGAGCCAGGAGAGAAAGGAAAACCUGGCAGCUUUGUACCUACAUCAGAAACCUUUUUUGCCGGACCACCGGGACCUCCGGGCCCCCAAGGCCCGCAGGGUUCCGCAGGUGGCCCAGGACCCCAAGGGUACCAAGGGGAACCAGGCCAACCGGGUCUUCCAGGAAGUCCAGGAGAACCAGGUUUCCCAGGUCAGCCUGGACCUAUGGGUCCAGAGGGGCCACAAGGACCUAAAGGCGAUGCGGGAGUCCCUGGGGUCUCCACUGGCGGCCCCCCAGGCCCACCUGGUGCACCUGGAAGAGAUGGAAGUGGAUCUGGAUCACCUGAUGUGGGCCAGUACAUCGCAGAAUACCUUCAGAGUAGUAACAUCAGGGAGUAUCUGGCUGGACCUCCUGGGCCUCCUGGUCCUCCAGGUGCCCUAGGGCCCGCAGGGGACGGGCUGGUGGAUGAUGUGGCAAACCGAGUUAUCGCCUACAUCCAGAGUCCAGGUAGAGGAUAUGAUGGGACUCCUGGCCCUCCUGGUCCUCCAGGUCCACCUGGCUCCAUCUCAAUCAAUGACAUCAUCAACCUAUUACAACGAGAGGAAGUGAGGAGAUACGUUGCUGGUCCUCCCGGUCCACCAGGACCUCCUGGGUCUCUGCACGCUGGCAGUUACAGAGUCAACACCCAGGAGGUGGCUGAACGUGUCCUCAGCCUAAUGAAUGAGAGGGCCGCCGUAGGUGUCCCUGGACCCCCAGGACUCCCUGGGCCUCCUGGUCCUCCUGGAAACUUGUUGUCAACUGGGUAUCAAGCACUUGUGGGUCCUCAGGGGCCACCUGGUCCCCCGGGUAUCCCUGGACCACAAGGCCCACCUGGACCAGCAGGUGUACCUGGCCCACCAGGAUUUGGGAACUACAUCAGUUCAGACAUCCGCGACUACCUGCAAAGUGUUUCCUUCAGCGGCCCACCAGGAACCCCUGGUGCUCCUGGACCUGAGGGCCCCCCUGGUCAAAUCGGCGGAGUGGUUUCCAAUGCUGAGCAUUCCAACAGAGAGACGCUCAAAGCAGAACGACACAAAUACAGAAAGAGGGACGGUUCGACAGCAGCUAUGUUCGGACUUCCAGGUCCUCCAGGCCCUCCUGGUCCCCCAGGAUACAAGGGUGAGCCAGGUGUGUCUGGCGCCAGAGACUGGAGCCUGGAGACCGGAGACUACUCCAGUAUGGCUGUCAAAGUAACCGAUUACAUCAAAUCCCACGGUCUACUCCGUGAUGUUGUGAGAGACUCUGAUCGAGUUGUUCAAGGACCUCCAGGGCCGCCUGGACUUCCAGGAAUGCCUGGACACAGCCGAUGGUUUAGCUCCCCCGAACAUGUCGUGGAUGUGGUGGAAUACAUCAAAUCCCACGGUGUCUUACACGACAUUAUGAGGGAAUAUAACAGUCGUGUCUUCCAAGGACCUCCAGGACCGCCAGGCCCCCCAGGUCCAUCUGGAUACAGACAAUGGUCUGGGUCCCAUGGAAACACCACAGAUUUAUUGGAAUACAUUAAAUCUCAUGGUCUGCUACGUGAAAUCCAACGGAACCAUGAGGAACGCAUCAUUCAAGGACCACAGGGACCACCCGGCCCUCCAGGUCCUCCCGGAUAUAGCCGAUUGUUUGGUUCCCACACAAACGUCACUGAUUUAGUGGAAUACAUCAAAACACAUGGAGACAUUGUAGGACCACCUGGGAGACCAGGACAGAAAGGGGACAUGGGAUUCCCUGGGCUGAAAGGAGAAAGAGGUGAACAAGGCCUUCCUGGUCCAGAAGGACACAAGGGUGAAAAAGGUGACAGAGAAUUCACACUGAUGACUAAGAGGAGGAGGAGGAGGGACACUGGUGUUUAACAGCCAAGUUACUGAAUAUGUGGGCCUGCGUGUGAAAUCCUGUUUCACGUGGAGUUUGCCUGGUGUGUAAAAAGGUGGUAAAUUUACGGAAACCCACAAUGUAUCUGUUUUUUUUUUUUUAAUGAUUUGAUUGUUUUUUUAUAUUCCUGAACCUCUCCUGUGCCGAGUUGUCUUUGUGAAAUUUACCUUGUGUCAUACACUGUACUAAGGGGUGAAGGGGUAAGAGUUGCCUUCUCUUACCCUCUCAUACUCACUGGCAUUUUCUAAUCCGACAAGUGUUUUGUUACUCAUUUUUGUUUUAUAGAAGAUUUUUUUUUUCAUAACUUUUCAUAACAAAUGUAUUAGUAGCUGGAAUCACAUCAGAGACAAAACAAUUGUAGAACAGAGAAAAAUGUUUAUUUACAGCAAAAAUCAAAAUCUACUUUACACAGGUAAUCUAAAAACUAUACAUUUAUUUUUUUAAAUGCAUAACAAUUUUGAUAUGGAUAUCAUUUUCAUUCAACAUUCAGAAUUAAAUCAAUUUACUGACUUUUUGAAGAAUCUCACUGACCAACAGAACAAGAACUGACUGAUGCACACUGCAAACUGCAAUUAAUAAGCUACAGUACAGAUGCUGUAGCUUGGGAGAUGUUUUUAUAUAAAUAGCUACUGAGAAAGUUUUUUAAAAAGGUGCACAGCACUCCUUCAUUGCAUUUUCUACAGUUCAGUUAUUAAAUACCUCUGACUAACCAUAACUCUCAAUAGCCAAUCAUAAAAAAAAGUUGAUCAAAUGAACCAAUCAGAAGUCAAGAUGGCCUAAACCAGUCAGGUCCAUUUUUUGAACAUUUUGUUUUUACAACUACGUUAAUACAUCAGUCUAAAUAAAAAUAAAAAACUGCUACGAGUUCAUGUUCUGUUUUUGUUACUUUGAAUACAGAUGCAAUAAUUCUGAA